CGUUUACUUCCGGUCCGUACAGGAAGUUGCUCCUGGAUACGCUGCUUACUGAUACAACAACCGCAUAUUUAGAAAGAUGUCUAUGUCCCAUCUGUAUGGGCGUAGAGGUGAUGAGGAGGAGGAGGAUGGAGUGGAAAUUGAAAAGUUUGAGGUGACUGAGUGGGACCUGGCCAAUGAGUUCAACCCAGACAGACGCAGGUACAGACAGACCAAAGAAGAAGCGACUUAUGGGAUCUGGGCGGAACAUGACUCUGAUGAUGAGAGGCCAAGCUUUGGAGGCAAAAAAUCAAAAGACUUUUCAGCUCCUGUGAACUUUGUAAGUGCUGGCCUACGAAAGACUGCAGCUGAAGAGAAGGCAGAACCGGAGGGUUCCGAUGACUCCAAUCGAGGUGGAGAUACACCACCUCCACCCCGCACUGCAUUUCCCAAAAAACUAAAAACGGGUGGAAGCUUUAAGACAUCCCAGAGAUUUGCAGGUGGUAUCAGAACAGGGCAAGACAUUGGGUCCUGGGAAAAGCACACCCGAGGCAUUGGUCAAAAACUUCUGCAGAAGAUGGGCUACGUUCCAGGAAAAGGGCUUGGAAAAAAUGCUCAGGGUAUUGUGAAUCCAAUUGAGGCUAAGUUGCGCAAGGGGAAAGGAGCAGUUGGUGCGUACGGGAAUGAAAGGACCCAGCAAUCUUUGCAGGAUUUCCCUGUUGUAGACUCUGAGGAGGAGGAGGAGAAAGAAUUUCAGCGAGAGCUGGGGCAAUGGCGGAAGGAUCCGGGAGAAAAAGUAGCCAAGAAAAAGCCCAAGUACUCCUAUAAGACUGUGGAAGAACUGAAAGCUCACGGCAAACUGACCAACAGGACCAUGAGCAGACCUGCAGGGGAACUGGCACAAGUCAAGGUGAUAGAUAUGACAGGCAGAGAACAGAAGGUAUAUCACAGCUACAGUCAAAUGAGUCAAAAACACAGCGUGCCCGAGGAGGCUUCAUUGAGCGAGAGCACCAGAGAACAAAAGAGCUCUGGAUUUGCUCUCCCAGAGCUGGAGCACAAUCUCAAACUGCUCAUUGAGCUCACGGAGCAAGAUAUUCUGCAGAGUGCACGGCGUCUGCAGCAUGAGAAAGACACAGUGGUCACCCUGACCCACGAGAGUGAUGCCCUGCAGGGCAGACUGACAGAGGAGGAACAGGCUCUUGGGCGGCUAGAACAGGUGCUGGACCUGGUGGAGCGUUUUGAGGCGGGUGAAAAUGAGGUCAGUUCAGCGCUCAGCCUUCAGGAGUGUGCCAGGGUCUUCCAGCAGCUCCAGACGGAAUUCUAUCAGGAGUAUAAGACCUUGGGAUUGGGAGAUUUAGCUGUGUCUGUUGUGCAUCCCCUGCUGAAGGAGAAACUCCGCAACUGGGAUCCGCUCAAGGACUGUUCAGACGGUUUGGAGGAUGUUGGUCAAUGGAGGGCCAUUCUUGAAAACGUUCAGUCUUUUAACAGUGGACCAGACAGUUCUCAAAUGGACCCCUACCACAGGUUGAUAUGGGAGGUGUGGGUUCCAGUCAUGAGGAGCUGUGUGUCUCAGUGGCAACCCAGAAACGUGGGACCCAUGGUGGACUGUGUGGAAUGCUGGGCACCUGUGUUACCGCUGUGGAUUCUGGACCAUGUCGUGGAGCAGCUUAUUUUCCCACGACUCCAGAGAGAGGUGGACAAUUGGAACCCACUGACAGACACGGUCCCCAUCCAUUCAUGGAUUUAUCCUUGGCUGCCCCUGAUGCAAUCCCGCCUCGAGCCUCUCUACGCACCCAUCCGUAGUAAACUUGCCCAUGCCCUGCAGCGCUGGCACCCCAGCGAUUCCUCCGCCAGACUCAUUCUACAACCCUGGAAAGAUGUCUUUACACCUGGGGCUUGGGAGGCUUUUAUGGUCAAAAAUAUUGUCCCAAAACUCGCUCUGUGUUUGGGAGAGUUGGUGGUGAAUCCUCAUCAGCAGCUGUUGGAGCCAUUUAACUGGGUGAUGGACUGGGAGGGCAUGCUGUCUCUCUCCAGCAUGGUGGGACUGCUGGAUAAGAAUUUCUUCCCCAAAUGGCUACAGGUGUUGUGUUCCUGGCUCAGUAACAACCCAAACUAUGAGGAGAUCACAAAAUGGUAUCUGGGCUGGAAGAGCUUGAUCUCAGAGAAUCUUCUCAGUCACCCGGUGGUCAAAGACAAACUGAACGAGGCUCUUGACAUCAUGAAUCGUGCCGUUGCCUCUGGACUGGGUGGUUACAUGCAACCUGGAGCAAGGGAGAACAUUGCAUACUUGAUUCAGACGGAGAGAAGAAAAGAUUUCCAGUGUGAGCCUCAGCCAGAGCGCCGGGAGGUGGAGAAUUCCAACCCCCGUCCACCAGGCACCGCCCAAGUACCAACAUCGGUACCCACCAACUUUAAAGACCUAGUCCAAGCCAAGGCUGAGGAGAACGGCAUCGUCUUCAUGCCACUUGUGGCCAAGCGGCAUAUGGGCAAACAGUUAUUCACAUUUGGCAGGAUAGUCAUCUACAUUGAACGUGGAGUGGUCUUCGUCCAAGGCGAGAAAACCUGGGUCCCAACGUCAUUACAGAGCCUAAUUGACAUGGCCAAAUGAGACUGAUGUUUGAUGAAAAAGAACUCAAACUUGUUUAAAAGUGCUUAAAUGUUCCAGUGUAGUUUUGCUCUAGCUGUAUCAGAUUUGUCAUGUUUUUUAUACUGUGAAAGAACUGAUUUUGAAAUAAAUGAGUGCU